AUGUUGUCGACCGAUCUCCGCGAUUUUCGAUCUAUCAAUCAUCGACGCUUCUACGACAAUGUCAACACCAACAUCGGCAAAGGUGUUGACUUACAUCUAAACACGAUGUUUACAAUGAGUGUUACAAUUGAUGAGAUGCUCGAGACGGUUCUCGCCGUUGAUCUUCUCAACCCUAGCCCGGCUGCUGAGGCCAAGAAGCACAAGUUAAAGACCUUGGUGCCCAGCCCCCGAUCCUUCUUCAUGGACGUCAAGUGCCCCGGCUGCUUCACAAUCACCACCGUGUUCUCCCACGCCCAGACCGUCGUUAUCUGCCAAGGCUGCACUACUGUCCUUUGCCAACCUACUGGUGGUAAGGCUCGAUUGACUGAGGGCUGCUCUUUCCGAAGAAAGUAG